UGUCAUUUUAACAUUUGAACGUUCACAACUUGACAAACGGCGCCUCGUCUUUCAAACAACGACCCGCACAUUAAAGUCCUCCUCCGGUCAGGUGACAGCAGCAGCCCAAUGAUGACAGGAGCGUUUUCCGCGGUGGAAGCGUGACGGGGGGCAACUUCUUUAGCCUUUGACGUCAGGUAAAUGAAACGCACCCCAGCAUCAUCAUCAUCAUCUUCAUCUUCAUCUUCAGCAGCAGCAGCAUCAUCCUGGUCCGGAGCCGGACUCGUUCCGCGGAGCUGCGCACUCAGCGCCGCGUCCGGACACUGCAGAGGAGGUUACGGUGCCAUCUCUGCGGCUCCGCUGCUCGCUCCCGACACCAGCGACUCCAGCGACACCGGCGACACCGCCUCACGUCCCGCUGCAGACGUCCCGGGUUCCGGGGAGGACAGCGCAGGACGGACAUGGCCGAGUCCAACCCGCUGCGGGGGUUUCCCCGCCUGCGCCGGGCCGCGACUUCAUUUCCUGGUAACCUGCACCUGGUCCUGGUGCUCCGCCCCACCGGCCUGAUGAGCUCCGCCCCCAGCCCUUCGUCCAGCACUGACCUGGGCUUCCGCUUCAGCCAGGACGACUUCCUGUUAAAGAUGCCGGUGGUGAUGCUGCGUUCGGUCGGAGACCUCCUGCGCUACAUCGACGAAAACCACCUGGCGUCGGACUUCACGGCGAAGGUGGAGUACUGUCAGAGCGACUGGAUCGUCCUCCGCACGUCCAUCGAGACGUUCGCGGUGACGGUGAAGGAGAUCGCUCAGCUGCUGCAGAGCUUCGGCUCCGAACUGUCGGAGGCCGAACUCCCGGACGAAUCCAGCGCCAUCGAGUUCCUGCUGCACUCACACACUCACCGAUACCGACAGAUGAAGGACGACAUCCGGAGCGUGAUGAAGGAAGGACGUCUGCUCAUGUCCAACCUGGAGACGGUGAAGGCGUCAAAAAGAGACGUGGAGGAGGAGAGAGAGAUCCAGUCAGACAUGGAGACGGUUCAGAGGCUCCUGGCUCAGCUCAGGGACAUGGAGGAGGCGUUCGACGGCUUCUUUGAGAAACACCACCUGAAGCUGCAGCAGUAUCUCCAGCUGCUCCAGUACGAGAGCAGCUUCCAGCAGAUGGAGGAGGUGCUGGAGCGUCUCUCCGUCCAGGAGAAGGAGAUCGGCUCGUUGGGAGCGACAGGAGUUCAGACGGAGCAGCUGCUCAGAGACCUGGAGACGCUGGACAAACGCGCUCAGGAGGAGAUGGCCCGGGCCCAGGUUCUGAUCCUGCACGGUCACCAGCUGGCCACCAGCCACCACUACGCCCUGGCCCUCAUCGUGCAGCGCUGCAACGAGCUGCGGCAUCUCUGCGACGUCCUCACCGGCGCCAUUCGCACCAAGAGGGCGGCGCUGAUCCGAGCUCGAGACCUGCAGCUACGACUGGAGGAGGCGCUGCGGUGGUGUGACGACGGCGCCUACCUGCUGGCCAGCCAGAUGGUGGACAGGUUCCAGACCAAGGAGGGAGCCCAGGAGGCGCUGCAGUACCUGAGCUGCCACCAGGAGAGGGCGCCGUCGGCCCUGAGGAGCAGCCAGGACAUCCUGAGCCUGGAGUUUGAGGCCAUGCUCACCCCCCAGCUGCAGUCUCAGAUCUCCUCGGUGACGGAGAAGCUGAACUCGAUGCAGUCGAUGAUCAGGAACAGAGAGCAGUGUCUGAAGAAACUGGCCGACGUCCAGGUUCGACCCAUUCAGCUGGUGGCCCCCAGACCGGAGCCGGAGCAGAGCUCGCUACGCUGCAAGUCGCCCCUCUUCUCCCCAAAACACGGUGUGGACUUUAACGUCCUCAACUCUAAGUUCUCCUUUGACCUCCUUCCUGGUAAAAGAGCCGCGAGGAGAAACAACAGCCAGCGAAAGAUAGAGGUGAUGCACGAUUACCAAGGCAACAGGAGCUGCCUGUACGGCCCCAACUCCGAAACGGACUCGGAGGCGGAGGACAACCCGGAGCAGGUCACACGUCACGUCAUGAAGGAGCUGAUAGCGACAGAGAGGAUCUACGUGGACGAGCUGCUCUCGGUUCUUCUGGGCUACAGGGCAGAGAUGGAGGACCCGUCCCUGUCCGACCUCCUCCCCCCGGCGCUGCGCAGCCAGAAGGACGUUCUGUUCGGAAACAUGCCAGAGAUUUACCAGUUCCACAGCAGGGUCUUCCUCCGGGAUCUGCAGGGUUGCCUGGAGACGCCGGAGAGGGUGGGGGCUUGUUUCCUGCAGCGGAAGGAGAAGUUCCAGGUGUACGAGCGCUACUGUCAGAACAAGCCUCGCUCCGAGUUGCUAUGGAGACAGUGCUCAGAGUCGCCCUUCUUCCAGGAGUGUCAGAAGAAGCUGGACCACAAGCUGGGUCUGGACUCUUACCUCCUGAAACCGGUCCAGCGUCUCACCAAGUACCAGCUGCUACUCAAGGAGCUGCUGAAACACUGUGCAGAGGAGCGACACCGCUGUGAACUGCAGGAGGCUCUGGACUCGAUGCUGGAGCUCCUCAAGUCCGUCAACGACUCCAUGCAUCAGAUCGCCAUCACCGGGUAUCAGGGGGAUCUGAGCCAGCUGGGCCGUGUGGUGAUGCAGGGCGGCUUCAGCGUGUGGAUCAGCCACAAACGGGCGGCAGUGCGAAUGAAGGAGCUGGCCAGAUUCAAGCCCAUGCAGAGACAUCUCUUCCUCUACGAGCACGCCCUGCUCUUCUGCAAGCGCCGGGACGAGGACAACCACGACAGGACGCCCUUCUACAGCUUCAAGUCCUGCCUCAGAAUGAGUGCGGUUGGAAUCACGGAAAAUGUGAAAGGAGAUAUAAAGAAAUUUGAAAUCUGGUACAGUGGCAGAGAAGUGGUUUACAUAGUUCAGGCUCCCACGUUGGAGAUCAAAGUUGCUUGGCUGAAUGGGAUCCGAAAGAUUCUCACCAACCAGAAGCUACGUCAAGAUGAGACUCCACCUCUUUCACUCUCAGACAACCCUCUCUCUGACAGUGCAUCAGAGAUGUGUGUGUCGUGGGGAGGCGCGUCGGUGGGAGGCUGCUCAGCGUGUCUUCCUGUUCCUCACAGCUCCUCGCCAACAAGCCACUCCCACCGGAACCCACGGGACUCCGCCCACUCCGACCCCGUGGUUCAGUCGCCUCGACGCAGUUGGCCGGUUCCUGCUCACUCGGUGGCGAUCUGUGAGGGUCUGGAGGACUGGGGCGCCACAGACCUCUCCACCCUGUCAGACUCAGAGGACGAAGACCAGCCGUCCCCACUGGUGGCCGGACGCUACAGGGUCAUGGUCGAGAGCAGCAUGGCCAGCACUGAUGACAUCAUCUUUAAUUGCGGGGACGUCAUCCAGCUGCUGCAUGAGGACUCGUCAGGAAUGUGGACGGUGAGGAACAUAAGUCGCGGUGAAGAAGGUCGUGUUCUCCCCGAGGACCUGCACAGGAUUCUGGGAGAAACCUACUGAGAGCCAAUCAGAUCUUCUCCAGACUUUUCUGCUUCUUUGACUCUUUGCCUGCACAUGUUUCAUGGACUUUUCGGACUCUGCCGAGACUCUCGAUCAUCAACAGACCGAAGCACAACAUAUUUACCAGGACUGGGACGGAUUCAGCUCAGAAGGCUGUACGUGGAGAACGUAUCACAUCUCAUCAGCUGACCUCUUGGACUCAAUGGACUUUAAUUCAUACAUACAGUAUUUUCUUAUGAGUCACACAGAAGUCAUUAGUUCAUGUGCCAAACUAAUCACUGCAGCUUCUUCUUCUUCUUAAAUAGAUCCGUUUUCAUGUGUUUUGAAUGGAGCUACAGGAGUCGGCUACACUAGAGGAUGUAUCACACGACGUACGCAGAAAUCAUCUCUAACCCGCUGUUUGUUUGGGGAUUGUUUUAAAAUGCUGCACAUCCUCUUUAGUUUUUUUUUUUGUCAUAGCAGGAGAGGAACAGGAAGAGUUUUCUACAUUUCUGCAUAAAGACGUCUCAAAACAUCAGCUGAAAGUCCUAAAAGUAGACAAAGAGAACCCAACACCUGAAACUGAGAUAUUAUCUCCUCUCAAUCUGACUGUGGAUUGGAGAUGGUUGUGGAAACUUUUCCUUUUUUCUGAGCUCCUCAGAAGCUCCUUUAUCCGUCAUCAUACACUUCAACACAAACAUGUGUUGUGAAGAUCAGACUGAGACAAAUCCCUGAUUUGUAGGAACUGAACCAUGGAAACACUUCUAAACACACGGGUUCUCUCACUGAUAUUUGUGUUUCAUGUGUUUGUCUGGGUUCUCCUUGAGAACUUUGAGGAUGCUUUGAGUCAUUUUUAUACAGAAAUGUGGAAAAAUCUGAGGUAAGCAGCUCUGUACAUGUAGUACUCUGUUAAUUUCUCCAGUUCACAUUCCUACACUGUUCUAUAGAACCACAGGUGAAUUUGAUUUCAUGUGCCGUCACAGUCUGAAGGGAGACAACGUUCUGUUUGUGGUGCUCUAUGUUAAUUCAUCAUGUUUACAUGACAUGCAUCUAAUGCAUAAACAUUACUUUUAUAUGUUUACAGGAAACCUCUAAGGAAUUAAAUUUAUAAUUGAUCAGCCACAACAUUAUGACCAGACCCACCCACUAACAACAUUCACCGCCCUCAGAAGACCGAUAUCCAUUCUCAGAUGAGUCCUGAGACCUUCACAGUAUUAGAAAAGUGGUCAUAAUGUUAUGGCUGAUCGCUGUACGUGGACACUAACGUGAACCAGCAUCGACCUCUGAUGUUUCUGCUUCUCCUGCUCUGAAAAGUCAACGUGUUUUCUCCUCUAGGAGCCAGUGUAGCUCGUCGUUGUGAUUGCGUUUCUUUGAUUUGGAGGGAGGAGUUUAUUUACGUAUUUCUUCUGUUACCAAAUGUAUUUUUGAGGUUAAAAUUCUGUCAGUUGCUUCUGCUGCAGUCGUGUUUAUGAAUGAGAUGAUCAUUACUGCCUGUUUGUUUGGUUCUGGAUGUUCUGCUCACGCCUGAUGCUUUAUUUGUGCCGGCUCUGCUACUCUCCACCAGUAGAGGAACAACAAGUCCUGGUUAGUGACUGUAAAUAAGAGUUUUCACUGUUGCAGCUACAUUGUGAAUCACUACAGAACAUACAGAAAAAAUAUCACAGGAGAAAAUUCAGAUUCAUUUAAAACUGCCUGGUUUUUUAAACUGCCCAGUCUCAAGCGUGAACCGUGGUCAUGAAAUCACUGCCGCUUCACCUCCGGACCAGUGAGGCUCCGUCUCUGAAAGGGACUUCAGCUACUGGCAGUAAAGUGCGAAUGUGUAAAUGAAAAAUAACCUAAAUUUUAGUCAUUCGUCGUCUGAAUGUUUACAUCCUUAUUUGUACACUGAGAUGUUGAAACUUAAAAAUCAAUGUGCACAUGUUAAAUCUAAUCCUGAGAUUAACUCUGAACAAAGACGUCCCUGCUGCUUCCGUUCAUUCUGCACUUUGUUUUUGAUAUUUUGAAUUGUAGUGAGAGCUUGUGUUAUAAUGCAUAAUGUUUAGGAUUAUUUGCCAGAAUAUAAGCACAUGACUACUUGAUCUGAUUGAACCGGACUGAUGUGCUCUUUCUAUAUUCAUGUAUAAGAUAGAUUCAGGUUGUACCUUAGACUCAUUGAGGGUCGUAAAGUUUUAUUUUGCCUGAUUAAAAAACUCUCUGAGUAA